GAUUUACCUUUUUAAAAUCCUGUAGAAGGAUCGUUAAGCGAAUGAGCAAGAAAGAUGAGGAAUCUCCGCGGGUGAGCGCCUCACCAAACCCGCCUCCAUUGCCAGUGGCUUUCAUAAGUAGCCGGCAGGAGAGCACAUUUGCAGCGAGGAAAUCAGCAGUGAGAAAAUACUGCUGCACGCCAACAGCUACAAAGAAUUCUUGGGAUUGCCUCUUUGAUGAAGGUUACAGAGCCGACGUUUCGAUUAACACAGAUAACGGUGGCGUCCUCUACGCACAUGCUAGUAUUUUGGGUGUAAAUUCUGCAGUAUUUAAAAGCAUGUUGAGUUUAAAACAAUCAAGAGCACAAGGUCGAUGUGGUCAACGAUCCAUCUCCAUAAAUGGGGUUCCACCUGAGGCUGUUCAAGUUUUCAUCAGAUUCUUGUAUUCUUCCAGGUAUGAGGAAGAAAAAAUGAAGGAGCAUGGGUUGAGCCUUUUGGUGCUAUCGCAUGCAUAUGCAGUCACCCACCUAAAGCGAGAAUGUGAGUGGCAGCUGGAGCAAAGAUUAACCACGGAAAAUGUGGUUGACAUCUUCCAGUUAGCACUAUUGUGUGAUGCCUCUCGGCUUAGCCUUGUUUGUCACCGUUUUAUGAUGAAGAAUCUUAAGCCUAUUUCUGCCACAGAAGGAUGGAAAGCUAUGAAACAAAGCCAUCCUGUGCUUGAAAAACAGAUGUUGAAAUCCAUAAUUGAUGAGGAUAUUAGGGAAAAGGAAAGGGUGAGAAAAAACAAUGAGAGGAAAAUGUAUAUGCAGUUAUAUGAGGCAAUGGAAGCCCUGGUUCACAUAUGCAAAGAUGGUUGCCGUACAAUUGGUCCCCAUGAUAAGGUUUUGAAAGAGGAUCAAGAACCAUGCCAUUAUGCAGCAUGCAAAGGGCUAGAAUCCCUCAUUCGUCACUUUGCUGGGUGUAAGUUGAGAGUCCCAGGUGGCUGCAUCCACUGCAAGAGGAUGUGGCAAGUUUUGGAGCUGCAUUCUCGCCUUUGUGCCAAUUCGGAUGUUUGUAAAGUUCCUUUGUGCAGGAGUUUUAAGCAGAAGCGCAGAAAACAGAACAAGAAGGAUGAAAUGAAAUGGAGUAUAUUGGUGAGAAAGAUAGUGAGAUCCAAGAGCAUUUCUGGAGCUCCAUUCUUCUCAUCUGAAUCCACAUAAUGUGCAGUACAAUCAAUUGUUGUUGCACCUUAUUGUAUUCAUUCUUUAAAUAGAUAUACAAUUCAUUGAAUCUUCUACUAUUAAUUUGGAAUUUUGUGUCGAGCUACACUUUCUACAAUGUAUCUAUACAACUCAUUGUAACUAUUUAUUAAGAUCAAUGGACAAUUAAAUUACUCAGCUAAUUGCUCUCAGGUGUACCUUAGCUGCCUUCAAACU